UUGUGGAACUGUUUUGUAUCAAACGCAUACGGCAACGGAAAAAGAAGCGUUUGGGUGCGGAGGAAGCAAAUCAAUCCCUAAACCCGAAAAAUAGCGAAAGGGGAAACCUGAGAGAGAGAAACGAAACGAAGAAGACGAAGAGCAGCAAGCAACAGUAGAAAGAGCAACGAAAGGAGAAGACGAAGAUGUUACCCACAACUUCCAGAUCUCGCUCUUCUUCUUCAUCAUCCCGAGCUAACCCAAUGUUCCUCCAGUAUUUUCGUCGCAUCGUCAAGCUUCGGAAUCUGUAAGCACUUGAGGCAAUUAUGAUUUGUCUGUCACAGAGGAGGAUUGGCAACAAAUGGAUAUUGAAUAUACUUUCUGGCAAAUGCUUAACCUUUGUACAUCUCCCAAAGUUGUCUAUCAACACACUAAGUACCACAAACAAACGAAAAACCAAUGGGCACGUGAUGACCCUGCUUUUAUUGUGAUCUGUAGCCUGCUUCUCAUUCUUGCAACUUUAGCCUACUGUGCCACGUAUGACCAUAGUGGCUCUCAUGCUGUCGUCGUAGUUAUAUCAGUUUUCCUUACUCAUUUCUUAAUCACGGGAGCACUUAUAGCUACAUGCUGUUGGUUUCUGACGAACUCUUACCUGCGUGAGGAGGCUCCAAACAGUCAUGUGGUGGAACAACGCGUUGAAUGGCUGUAUACAUUUGAUGUUCACUGCAACUCCUUCUUUCCAAUGUUUGUGCUACUCUACGUCGUACAUUAUUUUCUAUCACCAUUUCUGAUAACUCACGGAUUCAUCCCUCUACUGCUAUCGAAUUUGCUUUUCAUGGUCGGGGCAUCGUAUUACCAUUAUCUUAACUUCCUAGGAUAUGACGUGCUUCCAUUUUUGGAACGAACGACUUUCUUCCUCUACCCAAUCGGGAUCGUGAUUGUCCUGUCCCCUAUCUUGAUCUUAAGUGGAUUCAACCCGUCCAAAUAUUUCAUGAACAUGUACUUCAGCCAAAGAUUAUGAGAUAGCAAGCCGCAUCAGUUGAAUCCUAUGGGCUCUGCACUGCACAUACGUUAUCAAGCAAGGAAGAAGAGAGUAUGAUUUCCUUUUUCUUUUUUUACCCGUAACAGACCAUCGUAGUGUUCAGUUUCUGGUA